GUAGAGAAGUGAAAGAUGGCCCAACAACAAGAACAACAAAAGAAGCUGUUUAUUUGGAAAGAGGCAAGCGAAAAUAUGCUUUUGAGGCUAGUUAUUGUUGAAGAGACUUAUCAAUUCAAGCAAGGGUCACGACAGAGGGGAGCCAUUAGGUUGAAGAUAGCAGAAGAUUUGCAGAAAGCUGGUUUUAAGGUGACACAACGAAGUGUGCGUGAAACGUUUGACAAAAUGUUGAAGGAGCACAAAAAGAGGGAAGCUGAGGAGGCGAAACUAAGCGGGGCCGAGAGAGAUUACGGAGAAAUAUAUCAAGCAAUAACGGAUAUAGUGGAAAGAAUAGCAGAGUUUGAAGUUGACAGAGAAAAUGAAGAGAAAAAGCUCGAAAAAGAAAAGCGCGACGCGGAAGACAUGCGUAAGAAAGCCGCAGAAAAGUUGGGAGAGACAAAAAAGAGGAAAGCUUCGAGUGGAAGUUCUAGUUUAUACGACAGUGUUGAAGAAGACUCAAAGAAAGAAAAAAGAUCCGCGGGUAGGAGUGGCAUAUUAGAUGUCUUGAAAGAAUCCACUUAA